AUGGACCUUGCACCUAUACUAAUCGCAGCUUCCAGUUCUGAUCCUCAAGCAGUGCAAUUGGCAAGCACUCAGCUCGAGAGUAUGUCUACCUCUGAUCCUCUCUUCCUCUCUCAGCUUGCCAACGUCGUACUCUCUCCCACCGUUUCUCUUCCAGCAGCAGCUAAAAUUUUCGGACUUGUCCAUCUGAAAAAUCUUAUCUCCAACUCCACUCAGUGGUGCAACUUUGAUCGAGCCCAGCAGGAAUUUCUCAUCACUUGUCUCCUUCAAUAUCUUCGUCAAAAUUCUUCUCCGAGUCCGUUCGUCUCAGAAAUUUUCGGUCGUGUUUUUCGUCACGAAUGGAGCAAAGGUACCUGGCCCGAAGAACUCUGGAACGCAAUCAUCGAAUUGGGUGCAUGGACGCCGCUUCGACGAUGUGUACAGCGUGCGGCUGCCCUGCGUCUCACACCGCGUCGACGAAUUCUUGCUUCACACAUUUGCACUCUCCUUCCACGGCUAGUUGGUCUUUGGAUAGAGUCUAAUUCUCCAGAGCUUCUACACACCAUAUACACUUGUAUCACUGUGUUGGAUGCCUCGGCAGCCGCUGACAUGAUGUCCACGCACGCAGCGGUAGUUGGAGGGCUGAUCACUCGCGCAAUGGCACGACUACUGUCCUCCGAAUGUAAAAAUCCCAAGCGCCUUGCGAAGUUACUCCACGCGGUAUUAUUCCUAAUUCCAUCAGAAUUGCGCAGCUCUUGUGCUGUGUCUACACUAGAAACCAUAGUAUCAGUAGUUGAAGAUGCUUCGUUAGACCGAAACACGAUUCUCUGGUGCCUAUCUCUCAUUUUCAACCUCAUCUCUGCGACCUUUCGCGACAGUGUGCCGAAUGACCGACUUGCGAAGUUCCCAUCCAUCAUGGCCGAAGCACGAUCGCAAGUUCUUUCUUGGUUGUCAUCCGCUAGCAUCAAAGUUCCUCAAUAUAACAACGCGGUGUGCCUUCUCUUGAGCCUUAUGCGCUCAUGGAUGCCGCUUCUACUUUCCGAAAUUGAAGCACUUUCCACAGAUCCAGAGUCCAGUUAUUCCAGAGGUGGGGCUCACUGCGUUGAUGAUGAAGGCGAUGGCUCGGCUUUCUUUGCCGAGUCUUUCUGGAAUCUGGAACCCGUCUCCGCUAUUGCUGACUUCAUUCCCGUGAAUGCUGAGGUGCCUCCUAAUUUACGUCAACUGGCUGAGUCCACUUUCCGUUUACUUGCAAAGCAUUUAAGUGAACACUUGGAGGCUAUCCUGCCUCCGGCGAUUGAAGAGUUGAUGGCAGGCGAAGCCAAAAUGAAGGAAGUAGGGCUGAGAUGUGCACAGUUUUUACUUGAAAUCACUCCGGGACAAUGGUGUGAACGGGUGGAUGCUCUUCUAACGAUGACAGCGACGUCACUGGUGGAACCGCUAGUGACGGGUCGACGAAUGUCUCUGAUGGUUCAUCGCGCACUUAUUGGCUCGAACUCGUCGGAAGUGAUUCGUCAAAAUUGCAUCGCAACGCUACUACAGUUGAUCCAGUACCUCAGUGCACAGUGCAGCCCAAAGAGCUUUCGGAUCGCGAUUCACCUUGCCGCCGCUUAUUGCCUCUCUUGGCUCCUUGAAAACCCUCACUUCCCUCCCGAUAGCCUUUCCAAAGCGCCCGCCUCUACGCUCCAACAAAUUCUCAACUGUCUAGUUAAUCUUGCUCAGGAGGUGGAAGAAGUCGAAACACAGCUUUUGGUUUUGCGGUAUCUGCAGAGCAUCUUUGAGAACGCAGAUGUGGAGACGCAGUUUGGUUGCUUCAUCAAUGCAGUUCAGCAACUCUGGAAAAUCGGUGAAGGGACUAUGGCACUGCGAGCUAGUCUAGUUGACCUCGUAGCCACAGUCAUGCGAGCGCUGAAUGCGGACGUCACAUCAGCGGCGGUGGCGUGGGCAGCGGAGCAGUUAGCUUGCCUCACAGUCUCCUCUGUGUUGGUGCCCGAUCUCAUGCGUUUCAUACGACUUGGAUGCGAUGGAGGCGGCGACAGCGGCAACGCUGGGGAUGUGGAGGUGUUGGGUGAUGCCUGUCUUCGUCUCUGGCACUCCCUUGUCACUGGCAGCGGAGCUGUCUGGUUACCACCUCUGGAAUCCCUGAUGCCGCUGCUCAUUGAUAGCCAGUGUAGUGGAGGGAAUGGAUGCGAAACGGAGAAUAGCGAACAAACGCUAUAUGCCAGGCUGGAGACUGCUGAUCAGGCUCAGCUCUUCUUCGGGAUCGCCACCGGUUGCCUCCGUCUCGCUGCCUCGUCGGCAUUUCUCUCUACCUGGACUGAGGCCUUCUGGCGACCAUUGCUGCGGGAAACUAUCACUGCUAACGCCAUGCGAGCGGACAUUGUGGCCGCGAAAUUCGCCAACUCUGUCAUUGACGUUCCAGUCGAAGAAAAAUUUGACCUCUUACUGGAACAGUUGCAGCUGCUGACAGCAUGGAGCAGUCAGUUGAUCCGAUUCCAUGUUGCCUUCUCGCCGAGUGUCUGCUAUUUGCUAAUACUCCACACUCGAAUCUCUCUUCUUCAAUCACCUGUGGAGGCUCACAACGAUUCAGCGUUCAAGAGCAAUCAACUCAGACUGCUUCUGCUGGCACAGUUGGCAGCGUCUCCUGAGCACUGGAACUUCUUGCUAGCCCUGCUGACCACUGUUGAGACAAGUGUGUCGACACCUCACGAUUUCGCACAAGAUUGCCUUCACCUUUCUACUGGAUACAGCAGUCUCGUCAAUGGAGACACAAGUGGCUGUCAGCGCUGUCUGGAUGCUCUUCUCACGCGUAUAUUGGAUCGCGCAGACGCACUUAGCAGCCGUCUCCACCGGCGCUGUUUCGCGCUUGCUUCGGUCUAUUGCCUGCGUCAUUUGACGCCUUCCGAUCGGCUUUACGAUGAAUACCUGGAACCUGUGAUCAGCCUUUGUGUUCAGUUAACCUUUCGUUAA